UUGUACUAUGAUCUGCUAUUGCUGACAGACUCGAACAGUACAUUUAUAUUAUGUGGAGUUUUCAAACUAUGUCGUUCUUUACUGAGUAACUUGAGUUCUUGGUAGAGAAGCGGGCCCAGAGGACGUGAAAUAUUUAGUUUCUGAAAGUCGCUGAGGCUUAAACUAUGGCGGGGAGCAGCAUUGCACAAAAGACAUGGGAACUGUCUAAUAGCAUGCAGGAGGUGCAAAGCGUGGACGAAAUAUACAAAUACGACAAGAAACAACAGCAAGAAAUCCUUGCUGCCAAACCGUGGACAAAGGACCAUCAUUACUUCAAGUACUGCAAGAUCUCUGCUCUGGCGCUGCUGAAGAUGGUGAUGCACGCGCGGUCCGGUGGGAAUCUGGAGGUGAUGGGUCUGAUGUUGGGGAAGGUUGACGGCGAGACUAUGAUAAUCAUGGACAGCUUCGCAUUGCCUGUGGAGGGAACAGAAACGCGUGUCAAUGCACAAGCUGCAGCUUAUGAAUACAUGGCCGCAUAUAUUGAGAACGCCAAACAGGUUGGCCGCCUGGAGAACGCUAUUGGAUGGUACCACAGUCACCCGGGUUACGGCUGCUGGCUGUCAGGAAUUGAUGUCAGCACUCAGAUGCUCAAUCAACAGUUUCAGGAGCCAUUUGUGGCUGUAGUGAUUGACCCAACUCGCACGAUCUCUGCUGGGAAAGUCAACCUUGGAGCGUUCAGAACAUAUCCAAAGGGUUAUAAACCUCCUGAUGAGGGGCCCUCUGAGUAUCAGACUAUACCUUUGAAUAAGAUUGAGGAUUUUGGUGUUCACUGCAAACAGUAUUACACCCUGGAGGUGACAUACUUUAAGUCUUCUCUAGACAGAAAGCUGCUGGAAUUGCUGUGGAAUAAAUACUGGGUGAACACCCUCAGUUCUUCCAGUCUACUCACAAACUCUGACUAUACCACAGGUCAGGUGUUUGAUUUGUCGGAGAAGCUGGAGCAGUCGGAGGCCCAGCUCGGCAGAGGAAGCUUCAUGCUGGGACUUGACUCACAUGACAGGAAAUCAGAGGACAAACUGGCAAAAGCCACAAGAGACAGCUGCAAGACCACCAUUGAAGCAAUUCAUGGCCUAAUGUCUCAGGUCAUUAAAGACAAACUUUUCAACCAAAUCAACACCAGCUCCAGCUCAUGAGACGGCUGCACAAUCCACAACUCCUGAGUUACAAUCUCCUCAUCGACAUCCACGGCUGCACAAUCCACAACUCCUGUCUGAGUUACAACCUCCUCAUCGACAUCCACGGCUGCACAAUCCUGUCUGAGUUACAAUCUCCUCAUCGACAUCCACGGCUGCACAACUCCUGUCUGAGUUACAAUCUCCUCAUCGAUAUCCACGGCUGCACAACUCCUGUCUGAGUUACAAUCUCCUCAUCGAUAUCCACGGCUGCACAACUCCUGUCUGAGUUACAAUCUCCUCAUCGAUAUCCACGGCUGCACAACUCCUGUCUGAGUUACAAUCUCCUCAUCGACAUCCACGGCUGCAGUUUACUGGAUUUCAUGCUCAUUAAAAGGAAUUUGUUUGCUUUAAGCAUAAAAAGUUUCAAAUAAACUUUGCUUUGAUGUGCUACUGUGUUAUGGCUGCUCUUCGUUGUGUAUUUGUAGUGCAGUGAAUCCCUCAGAACCUCUUCAUCCUUAACACAUGGGAAUGUGCGUCUCUCCCUAAAUGUAGACAGCACAUAGAUUAUUCAAUGUUUUCAU